AUGGCGCACAAUCUGGCUGAAGACGAUUCCACAAGCGCCGAUCAGGCAUACAAGGUUUUCACAUCGAAGGACAAUCAGGAGGACGAUUUGAAGCCACAGCAGUGGGAGGAAUUUGGCCACACAUUUGAACCUGGAGAGCUUGAACUUCUCAAGCAAAGUAUCGCUCAAAUGGCUCUCAGCAGGAUCGACGGCCAGGAUGAGCUAUUCGUCGGAGGGCUCUGGGCCUUGCGACGCUCAGACUCGCUGACGGAUCGUCGCAUCACGCAUGUCCUCUCCCUCGUCCCAUUCGACAUAUCAAGCCUCAAAAACUUCAAGGACGAACCGUGGAUCGAUUACGGAAAGGACCUACAACACCAAGUUAUCGACAUUGACGAUGUGGAGGACGCUGACUUGCUGAUUGAGCUGCCCAAGGCUGUCAGAUUCAUCGAGGAAGGUCUAGGCGCGAGCUGGCUUGCGAAGGAUGAGGAGGAGGAUGGGGGCGUCUCGUUAGAGAAGGGUGUCGAGGACCUCGAUAUCGGGGAGAAGAAGAAGAAGAAGAAGGGAGGCGUCUUUGUUCACUGUGCGGCUGGAAAGUCGAGAUCUGUUUCGGCGGUUAUUGCUUACUUGCUUAGGCGGUAUCCAAGCCGCUUCGACCCCAAUAUCACGCCGACUGCCAUUUCGGAUCCGACCCACUCGGUUCCCCAGACUGGGGAGAAGCGUUCGAGAAAGGAUACCGCUAAAGAGGCUGUCCAUGCUGCACUUACGUUUGUGCGCAGGACUCGACCCAUGGCUGAACCUAACGAGGGAUUCAUGGAGCAGUUAGCCUUGUGGUGGGAGAUGGGUUGCCCGGAUGAUGUCGAAGGACACCCUGUCUAUCAGCGGUGGGCUUACAAGCGUGAAAUUGAUGAGAACCUUGCAGUAGGCCAGGCACCGACGAGGCUUCGUUUCGAGGAUGAAGAGACCCAGCCUCGUGAUGACUCGGGUCUUAGUCUACGAUGUAAGAAGUGCCGUCGAGCUUUGGUCACGGCACCCUUCAUUGUGGAGCACAAGCCUUCUGACAAGAAGUCCUCGGCGUCUACAUGCCAGCAUUACUUUGUCGAGCCACUUAGCUGGAUGCGCGGGGUCCUUGAACAGGGAGAGCUCAACGGAAGAUUAUUAUGCCCUAAUUCAAAGUGUGGCGCUGGUGUAGGCCGGUACGACUGGAAGGGCUUUCGGUGCUCCUGCGGCGGGUGGGUGACGCCGGCGUUCUCGCUGCAGAAGGCGAGGGUCGACGACGUCGUCAAGCGGCCGGCGACUCAGAGCAUGGGCAUCCGGAUGCCGCCCGGGUUAGCUCCACGGAGCGGAAACUUGUGA